CUUAUCACAAGGACAUCAAGCUACCCCAGGUGAAUCUCUCUCUCUGUCUCUCUCCUAAGUCUGUCCAUUAGUCAACUAACUCCUUCCUUCUUCCUUAAACUUCCCUCUCACUGUUUGAUACGAACACCAUUACGUUUGCAUCAGAAAAGAGCCUCCAAUCCAUCCCACACCCACCACCAUGGCUCUGCUCGGAGCCCUGCUUCUGGCGUUUGCGUUGGCCGCGAGCUCUGCUUGUUGGGCUCACUUCGUAGUGGAGAAGAGCAGCAUCAAGGUCCUUUCACCGCUGAGCAUAAGGUCGAAGCACGAUGGAGCCAUCGGCAACUUCGGAGUGCCCAAGUAUGGAGGCAUCCUGGUUGGCUCUGUGGCCUAUCCUGGCAAGGAUGUUUCCAAUGGUUGCGAGGCCUUUGAUGGUGAUAAGCCCUUCAAGUCCAAGUUCUCUCGACCCACCAUCCUCCUUCUUGACCGUGGAGGUUGCUAUUUUGCGAAGAAAGUGUGGAACGGCCAGCAGGCCGGAGCUGCUGCGGUGCUAGUCGCUGAUAACAGAGAUGAGCCUUUAAUAACCAUGGAUUCGCCUGAGGAGAGCACUGACGCUGACGGAUACAUCGAGAAGAUUGGAAUUCCAUCGGCUCUUAUAGAGAGGUCGUUUGGGGAGAGCUUGAAGCAAGCGUUGAAGAAAGACGAAGAGGUCGUAAUAAAACUGGACUGGAGAGAGUCCAUGCCUCACCCUGAUGAGAGAGUCGAGUAUGAGUUCUGGACCAAUAGCAAUGACGAGUGCGGGAACCGAUGUGAUGAGCAGAUGAACUUCGUGAAGAAUUUCAAGGGCCAUGCCCAGAUCCUCGAGAAGCGUGGUUACACUUUGUUCACGCCUCAUUAUAUCACUUGGUACUGUCCUCGGGCUUUUGUUGAGAGCAACCAAUGCAAGUCUCAGUGCAUAAACCAUGGGAGAUAUUGCGCACCAGACCCGGAGCAGGACUUUGGGGAGGGAUAUGAUGGAAAGGAUGUGGUGUUUGAGAACUUGAGGCAACUCUGUGUUCAUCGCGUCGCGAACGAGAGCAACCACUCCUGGGUUUGGUGGGAUUACGUGACCGAUUUUCACAUCAGAUGUUCCAUGAAGGAAAAGAAAUAUAGCAAAGAUUGUGCCGAGGAUGUGACCAAAUCACUUGGUUUGCCUAUUGAUAAAAUUAAAAGAUGCAUGGGGGAUCCUGAAGCUGAUGUUGAGAAUGAAGUCCUGAAAAUUGAGCAGGAGCACCAGGUUGGCCGAGGAUCUCGGGGUGAUGUCACCAUAUUGCCAACACUAGUCAUCAACAAUGUUCAAUAUCGAGGAAAAUUGGAGAGAACUGCUGUGCUGCAAGCCUUAUGUGCUGGAUUUAAGGAGGGGACGGAUCCUCCAGUUUGUUUGAGUGCAGAUCUUGAGACCAACGAGUGCCUCGAAAAUAAUGGCGGUUGUUGGCAGGAUGUCCAGUCAAAUGUUACUGCUUGCAAAGACACAUUUAGAGGAAGAGUAUGCGAGUGCCCCAGUGUACAAGGUGUUCAGUACAAAGGAGAUGGCUAUAUGUCUUGCGAAGCAUUUGGACCUGGACGGUGUGCCAUCAACAAUGGAGGUUGCUGGUCAGAUGAGAAAAAUGGGAGAACCUUCUCAGCAUGCUCAGAGUCUCAAUUGUCUGGAUGCAGCUGCCCACACGGAUUUCAAGGGGAUGGUCACAAAUGUGAAGAUGUUGAUGAAUGCAAGGAACGUUCUGCUUGUCAAUGCGAUGGUUGCUCAUGCAAGAACACAUAUGGUGGAUAUGACUGCAAGUGCAAAGGAAACCACAUAUAUAUCGCGCAGCACGAUACAUGCAUUGAGAGGAAUGGCUCUAGACUUGGAUGGUUCGUCACAGUAUUGGUAUUGGCAGCUGUAGCAGGUGUUUCAGUUGCCGGAUAUAUCUUCUACAAAUACAGGCUCCGGUCUUACAUGGACUCAGAGAUCAUGUCAAUCAUGUCUCAAUACAUGCCACUAGACAACCACCAACCCCCUGAAGUUCAAACAGAUGUGCAGCCACUGCGAGGAGGAACAAGGGUGUGAGGGAGAGACUAUGCACACAAUGCCAUGUGAAAGCUGUGAUGUGAGGAAAUUGCUUCCUGCAGACGGCGAACUAUAUUUUUUCCUUGAUCCAUGGUAUACAGUCCUUGUGAGAAUUGGAGAGGGUGGGGUUUUGUUCAUCAUGACACACAUUAGGAUUCUGAUAAUUAUACCACACAAGGAAAGUGUUGGCAGAACCCCACUUGUUCUGUAGAUAAGAGUUGUUGAGUUGUAUACAUGUGUAUCAUAUAAGCCUCAGUUGGAGGUUCAUAUAGAGAUUUUAUGCGAUUAAUAGAUGUUAAAAAAUAAGGUGAAAGAACCAUAAUGUACUUGAGCACUUACAAUAGAUGUAUGUACCAAAGCACUUGCAUUAGAUCUAUUCAUCUUCCUUCUCUUACGCCAA